GAGGAGGAGGAUCUCCUCUUUUCACCCCCUCUGGACUCUGGUCAGGACCUCAGAGUUGAGAGGGCUCAGGCAGGAAAAGGGCGAAAAAGAAAAAGAUGAAGAAGCUGGUGGUGUUUUUGCUUUGCGUGGUCCUGCUGACCAUUUACACAGAUGCAAACCCCAUAAUCAAGGAGAGCGUAGCUAAGCAGCUGCUCCGUACCAAGAGGCAGGACCGGCCAAUGAAGGCUGGCUACCCCGAUGAGCCAAUGAGGGAGCAUCUGCUCCACAUGCAGGCUCUGGAUCGGAGGGCCCGGGAGACCAACUUGGAGCACUGGCUGAACCCUCACUGCUACCCACGCUGCGACAGAAACUAUGGACACCCGGUUUAAAAGUAAAAGGCCUGCUGUGACUGACUGACCGUGGACUGAAGCUGGAGUCUCUUUUCUCAUUAUCUUUCAAUCUAAUGACCAAAAUAUGCAUGUGUUGUAUUAUUUCUAGAGUGAAUUCUUUGUAAUUUGCUCCUUUACGCCUUUAUUUCUGUAGCUGCACAGACUGAAAUUUGUUAAUGAAUAGAAUAAAAUAAAAUAAAUCAUAAGCUCCAA